CGGCCUCCAUCCUCCCCCCGGCACUCGCUCCGCACUCCCAAAGCAGCCGCGGUCGCUAGGGUUUAAACCGUUUCCCCCGCCGAUCCGCCUCGCCGCCGACGCCGUCCGUCCCCCGCCGCCAGACCGCCGCCCCCGCGCCCCAGCCGGAGACGACGAUGGUGGGGCUCGGCUCCAUGGCGGGCUACGGGAUCCAGUCGAUGCUCAAGGAGGGCCACCGCCACCUCUCCGGGCUCGAGGAGGCCGUGCUCAAGAACAUCGACGCCUGCCGCGAGCUCUCCGCCAUUACGCGCACCUCCCUCGGCCCCAACGGAAUGAACAAGAUGGUUAUCAACCACUUGGACAAGCUGUUUGUCACAAACGAUGCUGCUACCAUCGUGAAUGAGCUCGAGGUUCAGCACCCGGCUGCUAAGAUCCUGGUACUGGCUGGCAGGGCUCAGCAGGAGGAGAUUGGGGAUGGGGCCAAUCUCACCAUAUCGUUUGCCGGUGAACUGCUUGAGAAGGCUGAGGAGCUCAUCAGGAUGGGCUUGCAUCCGAGUGAGAUCAUCAUUGGCUAUACCAAGGCCAUCAACAAGACAAUUGAAAUCUUGGAGGAUCUUGUUGAGAAAGGCUCAGAGAAUAUGGACGUAAGAAACAAGGAGGAGGUUGUGUUGAGGAUGAGAUCCGCUGUCGCGAGCAAGCAGUUUGGCCAGGAGGAUAUAAUGUGCCCUCUUGUGGCUGAUGCCUGCAUUCAAGUUUGCCCCAAAAAUCCAGCAAACUUUAAUGUCGACAAUGUUAGAGUGGCCAAGCUUCUUGGAGGUGGUUUGCACAAUUCUUCUGUGGUCCGUGGGAUGGUUCUGAAAAAUGAUGCUGUUGGUAGCAUCAAAAGGGUGGAGAAGGCGAAGAUUGCAGUAUUUGCUGGUGGUGUCGAUACCUCAGCAACUGAAACAAAGGGAACUGUGUUGAUUCAUUCCGCUGAGCAGCUAGAAAAUUAUGCUAAGACCGAGGAAGCUAAGGUGGAGGAGCUUAUCAAAGCUGUCGCUGACUCUGGUGCCAAGGUUAUUGUCAGUGGAGCUGCAGUUGGUGACAUGGCACUACAUUUCUGUGAACGUUACAAACUGAUGGUUCUGAAAAUCAGCUCAAAGUUUGAACUGAGAAGAUUCUGCCGUACUACUGGGGCUAUUGCAAUUUUGAAACUCAGCCAGCCCAAUGCGGAAGAACUAGGAUAUGCAGACUCUGUUUCUGUUGAAGAAAUUGGUGGUACACGAGUAUGUUGUACCCCCUUUGUGCUUUUACAUAAGAUAUAUCUUUAUUCUUCCCCGCCAACAUUCAUUUUAUUUUAUUUUUUUAUUUAUAAGGUUACUGUCGUCAAGAAUGAAGAAGGUGGAAAUUCAGUGGCUACAGUUGUCUUGAGAGGCAGUACUGACAGUAUACUAGAUGAUCUCGAAAGAGCUGUUGAUGAUGGCGUCAAUACGUACAAGUCAAUGUGCAGGGACAGUAGGAUAAUUCCUGGUGCUGCUGCAACAGAAAUAGAGCUGGCAAAGAGAUUGAAGGAGUUCUCAUUGAAGGAAACAGGGUUGGACCAGUAUGCCAUUGCGAAAUUUGCUGAAAGCUUUGAAAUGGUUCCAAGAACCCUGGCAGAAAAUGCUGGACUUAGUGCAAUGGAGAUAAUAUCCUCUCUUUAUGCCGAGCAUGCUAGUGGCAAUGUGAAAGUUGGCAUUGACCUGGAGGAAGGUGCCUGCAAGGACAUCUCGACCUUAAAAAUAUGGGACCUCUAUGUCACAAAGUUUUUUGCCCUAAAAUACUCUGCCGAUGCUGCGUGCACCGUGCUAAGGGUUGACCAGAUCAUCAUGGCCAAGCCGGCAGGAGGUCCAAGAAGAGAUGCCCAGCCUGGUGGCGGGAUGGACGAGGAUUAGUUUUGAUUAUGAUUGUUUUCUUUGUAUCACGUAUGCGAGGUUUCAGAGCAGAGAACAUCAUAUCUUAUCUAGGCUUUGGUUCUGUAGAAGAUUUUGGGUGCCUGGUGUUCACGUUUGGAAGGGUUGCACAGUCGUGCUGAUAUAUCCCAUGGGUGUUGCAUGUUUUUUUCCUGGAAUAUUGCAGUGCCAAUGUAUCAAAUGAUCCAUUCCAGGGUUCGUUCCUUUAGUUAAUCACACCGGCUGAGCUCAUGUAAGAGUGCUACUUUAGUUUUAGCUUAAAGGGCGAAAGUUGUCUUGAUGGAUAUUGUUUUGGGUAAUGCUGAAUGCAGUCCUUUGCUCCCAUGGUGAGCACUCUUGUAUGUGUGGCUAGACAGAUUGGCAAUUGGCAAAUGGAAUGAGUCUAGGGUGGUUGUUGGGGGAGGACCAACCGUUUCCAUCCAUCACUACGAACUGAAAGCAGCAUACGUCAACAUCAACCAAUGCUCAAUGGGAAUUAGUUUGUCGCA